AUCUGAGGCCCAUCACCUCUCCUUCCGGUCCGGCUGAUGACUCACCCACGCAUCAUCACCAUUCCAUAGUUCAUCGUCCCAACUCCGACGCAGAAGAGAGAGAGAGAGAGAGAGAGAGAGAAUGGGCGUCGACUACUACAAGGUUCUUCAGGUCGACCGGAAUGCCAAGGAUGACGACCUCAAGAAAGCCUAUCGCAAGCUCGCCAUGAAAUGGCAUCCCGACAAAAACCCUAACAACAAGAAGGACGCCGAGGCUAAAUUCAAACAAAUCUCCGAAGCCUACGAUGUUUUGAGUGAUCCACAGAAGCGAGCGGUCUACGAUCAGUACGGCGAGGAGGGCCUCAAGGGGCAGGUUCCGCCACCCGGCACCGGAGGAUUUUCCUCUGCGUCCGAUGGCCCGACGAUGUUCCGGUUCAAUCCUCGCAGCGCCGACGACAUAUUCUCCGAGUUUUUCGGCGUUUCGAGCUUCGGAGGGAUGGGGGACAUGGGAGGCUCGCGGGCCGGCACGUCGGGGUUUCCGAGGGGUAUAUUCGGGGAGGACAUUUUCGCUUCUUUCCGUGGCGGAGGCGGCGAGGGUUCCGGUAAUGUGCAGCGGAAGGGGGCGGCUAUCGAGCGGACGUUACCUUGUAGUUUGGAGGAUUUGUACAAGGGAACUACGAAGAAGAUGAAGAUUUCAAGGGAAGUCACUGAUGCCACUGGGAGACCUACCACAGUAGAGGAAAUUCUUACAAUUGAAAUCAAGCCUGGUUGGAAGAAGGGGACAAAAAUAACUUUUCCUGAGAAGGGAAAUGAACAACGAGGCGUCAUACCCUCAGACCUCGUCUUUAUUAUUGACGAGAAGCCUCACAGCGUCUUCAAAAGAGAUGGGAAUGAUCUCGUUGUCACCCAGAAGAUCACCCUAGUAGAAGCUCUGACAGGUUACACAGCACAACUAACAACACUUGAUGGGCGAAAUCUUACAGUUUCCGUCAACAAUAUUGUCAGUCCCAAUUACGAGGAAGUCGUUAAAGGAGAGGGCAUGCCCAUCCCCAAAGAUCCUUCCAGAAGAGGCAACUUGAGAAUUAAAUUCAACAUCAAGUUCCCUUCCAGGCUUACUUCAGAGCAAAAAACUGGGAUCAAGAGAUUGUUGGCAUCCUGAUGAACAGAAGUGGUAGUGUUGUCUACCUUGUGCUCCCUCCUGUAAGCUUGCUUUUAUUUCUACUUGCUUGCCUUUACUCUGCAAAGGAAAUUCAUCCACUGCUGGAUUGAGACCCUCAUCUCAUGAGAACAGUUGUGUAGGUGUUACUGUUGUUAUUAUUUCUAAAUCUUUUUCCAUAAAAAGAAAAAAAUCAAUCCCUUUGUGGCUGUUAUCUUGUUUACUUUCCCAGCUCCUGGCUGCUAGGCUUGGAAUGAAUGCUUGGCUGAUCUCCUUGAAA